GAUGUCUGGCUAUGGUCGACCAAGUGCGCCACCUGGAGGUCCUCCAGGUGGUUACGGUGGAGCCCCAGGGUACCAACAACCACAAGGAGGUUAUGCCGCGCCGGGAGGUUUUAACGCAGCACCAGGAGGGGCCGCGCCGGGUGGUUAUAAUGCAGCACCGGCAGGGUACGGUGGUCAACCGAGCGCACCAGGUGGGUACGGUGGUCAACCGAGCGCUCCAGGUGGAUAUGGUGGCCCGGGGUACACGGCUCCACCUCCCCCUCAGCAACCAAUGGCUCAACCAAAUCUCAACCAGAUAUUCGCCAGUGUAGAUAAAGAUAGGAGUGGCAUGAUUUCUGUUAACGAACUCCAAUCUGCGCUAUCCAAUGGAACUUGGCAACCCUUCAAUCCUGAAACUAUUCGUCUUAUGAUUUCGAUGUUUGAUAAGGACGGAAAUGGUACAAUAAAUUUCCAAGAAUUUGGUGCAUUGUGGAAGUACAUAAACGAUUGGCAGAACACUUUCAGGUAUUACGAUCGAGACAACAGCGGGUCAAUUGAUCAAAACGAACUGCAGACUGCCAUAGCAUCAUUUGGUUUUAGUCUGUCGCCUAAAUUCUACCGACUCGUGGUCAGAAAGUUUGAUCGAGAUGGAAACCAGCGGAUAACAUUUGAUGACUUUAUUCAGUGUUUAGUGAUUAUCCAGACGUUAUCUGCUGCAUUCCAACGGAAGGACACAAAUCGCAAUGGAUGGAUUCAAAUCAACUAUGAAGAGUUUAUGGAGUUAGUAUUCUCGACAAAGAUUUGAGGAAAUACUGGAAAAUAACGUCAAUUCAAUAGGAAAUGGAGCCUGAUUAAGUCACUACUGGAACACUUAACACUUAAUACAUAUUUUUACUCAGAUAGAAUACAAUCAGUUCGAUUUGUUAUGCCAUGUGCUGUAUGUAAACAAUGAUUAUAUUAUUAUUUUAAUUCGGUUUUAAUAGUUGGUUUACCUUGCUGGGUUUAGCCACUACAAGAAGUUGUGUAAGUAACUGUAACCAAGGUUGUUUUUAACAACAACGGAUACCAGUAUCACAUGUAGAUUGUGGCUGCUGCACUUAACCAUCGUACUUUAAAUUGUGAUAUGAAAUAAAGCUGUCAUCUAAGAAUUGAGGUAUUUGUGCUGCAUAACAACAAAUAGCUGAUGCACUUUGCUAUAUAUGCUGGCACGAUUAUAGCAGGGAAGGUUAUGAACAACAAAUUCUUUCUUUGUUUCUGACCCUUCCUUCUCCUCCAGUUGUGGCUUGUUUUUAUAAAUAAACAAAAAAAAACAUCACAUUAGUGGUUAUAUCCAACUUGUAUUCCAGAAUAUUCUAGUUUAUAUUUUAGUUGCGAUGCUGUUAUUGUAGCUUUACCAUCUGUUGUUUAGGCCUGUAAUCGUUGCAUGGCGUUUAACUGUUCCUUAAAGCACAGUUAAUUCAACUGCAAAAAGCUAACUGCUGCACAGCGAUUAUCAUGUGUGCAGCGAUUGCUUGCUUCAACCAUAGGUGGUGGAACUACGAUUAUAUGUAAUGAACAUUUUUUUGUAGAUAUGUCUUACGAGAGUGAUGUUAUGAUAUUAAUGGAUUUGUGCUUUUUGUACUAUUUGCUGAUGCUUAUUACAUUUUACGGGUUAGAUAAUGUAUAUUUUAUUUUAUGACAUUGAUGGGAAAAAUAAUUUGUUGAGGAUGUUAUUCUGCAAAUUCGACUGAAAUUGCAAUUGAAUGCAAACUUUUUAAUUCAACUCGUAGUUUGGGACAAUCCAAGUAUUUCAGUGGUUUUUAACAAUAAAUAGAUCUCCACUUUUGAUUUGUCAUCGCUUUUUUAUAGCGUGUAUUCAGCAACCAUUUCAUUUAAAACAGGUGUUCUUACCGCAAUGUCUAAAAGUACCCUUUUCAUUCCGUCAAUAGGCUCGCCGUUUUGUUAAACCAGAUUGAUUUCAUCGAUUUAAUUUUAAAUUUCUCAUUCUCAAUUUCCAAAU